CAACAAAACUUGAGAAUGCCCAUGUGAAUACUUUCAAAAAGUCUACAUGGAAUACACCGCAUGGACUGCAAAUUCCUCAACGGGCUAUUCACACCCUCAACAUAUUUCUCGUUUCCGUCACUUGAGGGGCAGGCAACGCCAGGCGCUGAAAUCUUCAGCAAUUAAGAUCAGUGCAAGAAGCUGCUCGGCUGGCAUUGAGCACGCAGCGCCCCUUCCGCUUGCUGCAGAACACUUAGAAGAACCCCAGAGCUGAAGGAAGGUGGAAACAUGGCAGGCAGGGAAGUCAUGCACCAGGCGCAGCGAACGCUCAGCCAGCUUUUCCGUCUGCAAGGGCACUGCUGCGCUUCACGUGUAUCACAUGUCCCGGCAGCAUCAAAUGCAGUGCGCGGCUCGAUGCAGGGUCUGGCAGAAUCCUCAGGGGAGUCUCUGAGCGGUCAGAGCGUGCUCCGGUGUGGGAGCGAUUGCCUGGUGCCUCUGAUGGACGCGGUGGUGCAAAGUGACGCGAUGAUUCGCAGUAGGAUGCAGAUUGGAUGCUGGAUGCAAGGAAGUGUAGGGGCUCGGUCUUUUAGUGCUGUUCCAGCCGGGGAAGGUUCGAAGGUACACGCUGUGAAGAGCGACGAAGAAUAUGAGAAGGAACUUAAGAGAGCAUGGGAGGCUCCCACAGACUCAGGGAGCCCCCCACCCAUCGUCCUGACGCAGUUCACAGCCCAGUGGUGCGGUCCAUGUAGGAUGAUUGCGCCCUACUUGGACGAGCUGAGCAAGCGCCUCGAGCACGUGAAGAUUCUGCAAAUCGACAUCGACGAGCCCAAAUUGAGUAAAACGGUGCGGGAUGCCGAAGUCAGCGCAGUGCCGACAUUUCGGUUCUACAAAGCCGGCAAGGUGGUCAGCGAACUCCAAGGGGCGGAUCCUAGGGAACUAGCAAAGCGGCUAGCAGAGAUGUCGGAAGCUUGAAGGUCCACUUUUGGUCGCUCAAGCGACACGCUGUUUAGAAAGCUUUGUGAUGGAAAGUGCAGCAACAGACACGGGCGAGCUGCUCUUUUUCCUGUACAUAGAAUUUGGCGGGAGUGUGAUUGUUAAGGCCGUAGAGACAAAUGAUAAUCAAGUGGGCAUAUCCCACUCCUGAUCGGGGCGUAGCUCGCUAAUGAAAGCUAGCUCCUGUACUUCAAAGCAUAGCCCAUCUUUCAGCUUGUAGAGGACGGUAAAGGUGACAGGUACAGGGCAGUUCGUAAAAGUCAAAGAGUCAGUUCAAAGAAGUUCCACACCAUCUAGAAGCUAAUCUGAAUCCGUUUCUGAUUGGCUGUGCUAAAAAGCGAAGGGUUGUUGCAGUAAAUCUCGCAAUACAUGAUGCAUAACCGCUUCGGCGGGCCUACUGGUCCAUGAAUCUAAGAAGCUCAG